AUGCCCACCGAAACAGAACCCCUUCUCCCCCGCUACGAGGACGACACAGCUCGCCAGCGCCAACUCCACCAAAAACUACACACCUACCAGAUGCUCCGCGCCCUCUCGCAAGGCUAUCUCCCAUCAACUGAACAAGCAAUCGCCAACCUGCGCACCCUCCUCGCCUCUGAUGUCCUGAACCUCCGCAAACAAGACAUCGGCACAACAGGCCGACAACUUGUCCGCGACGCCCGCCUCUGGCUAACGACCUUCAUCGAAUUCCUGCAUGAAAAGAACAACACCGAUCACCUCCAGCAAUUCCUCUGGCGCCUCUCCCGCGCCCGGGUCUCGGUGGAUCAGGGCCGGGCGUUGCAGCAGGCGGCCCACGUGAAAGCCCGCGCUGAUGCCAAAGCCGCGUAUGAUAGUUUCCGGACGGUGGGGAGUCUGCUGCUGACGAAUGCGGAUUUUCGUCUUUUUGUUGAUGAUGUCGCGACUGUUGGACGCCAGAUCUUUGCUGAUACGGCCGAGUCGCUGGCUGAGGCUUCUAAGCGGGUAGCUGAUGAAGUGCAGCCAUCGGAGGAAGAGCAGCGGGCGCUGGAAGGGGCUGGCGCGGACGAGGGCCGUGAAUUGUCGAGUGAGGAGGUGAAGGGGGAACUCGAACAUAUUGCCGAUGUCGCUGGCAAAGGCGUGGCUCGCACAGGCGAAGAAGCGGCCCAGAGUGCCAAGGAGCAUCUAUCUGGUCGGGAGCGAGAGACAUUGCUCUAUCGACUGAAGAAAGCCGUGCAGAGACUCCGCGAGCGGUCGGACUAUACAGACUCGGUCUCGACGAUUACGCAGUUGAUACAACGGUACGCAGCAUUGUACGCCAAUGCAGCUGAGGACACGGCGGAUGCCGCUCAGGAAGAUGUGGAAGUCAAUGAGGAUCUUAAGAAGGCUGUGGACGAAUUUUGGGUCUUGCUUCGAUCCUUCGGAAGUGCAGAGGAGUGGGAUAAACUACAAGAACAAUUCCACGCCCUUCUCCAACACGCCAACAAGGACCCCGAAUUCGAACAAUUGAUGGGCGAAGCGGGUACCUCUCUCCGAGAUAUGCUUACAGACCCAGACUUCUUCGACCACGCCCCAGAGAAACUAGACGAACUCCAACAAAAAUCAAGCGGAGUAACAGAAACCAACCUCCGAAACGACCUCGACAAAUUCCUCCUCCAAACAAAACGAACCCUUCGCACAAUCCCAGACGAUCCCGGCAUCUCAAAGCUCAUCGCUGCAACAAAAAGACUCUACCAACACACCUCAACAGCCUACACCACCCACAAAUCCGACCUCCCCGCUGAUAUGAUAAACAUAAUCCUCCCCGUUCUCAUCCGAACCAUUCAAUACAUCCCCAUUCCACGUCUAGAAGUCUACGCCCCGGAGCUCUCCCUCCUGCUCGAAAAUCUAAUCCUGGAACCAGGGCACAGCGUAAACUUCACCUCCUUCCUCCCCUACCGAAUGCAUGUUACAACGCGCAACGACAUCGAUAUCCAAAAGAAACACGCCAAACAAACUACUACCACAACGACAACCGCCUUCACGCUCACAAUAAACGGCCUCAACAUCUCCGCCUCCGAAUUCGGCUACAUCCUCAAACCACACCUCUUCCCAAACGACAGCGGAAUCGCAAGCUUCGCACUCGACCGCCGCGGCGUCGACAUAACCCUCGACAUAAACGUUGGCAAGAACCUCUCCAGCAUAUUCACCCUCCGUGGCGUCCGCGUCCGCAUCCACAAACUCGACUAUAAAAUACACCAAAGCCGAUGGAAAUGGCUCCUGUGGCUCGCAAAGCCAUUCUUGAAACACCUCCUCCGCCGAAUCCUAGAAAAGAAAAUCGCUGAGGAGAUAGUGCUUGUGGCGAAGACGGUGAAUCGUGAACUGGUUUUUGCGAGGGAGCGGCUUCGCGCGACGCGGGUUGCGAAUCCUGGUGAUUUGGUUACGUUUGUUAGGGCUGUGCUUGCGCGGUUGAAGCCCGGUCCUUCGGAUGUUGAGGCGAGGCUUGCAUUCUCUCCGGCUAAGGAAGGAGUUUUUAAAGACACUUAUGCGCCGGGGAGUAUUGUGAAGGUUUGGAGAGAGGAGGCGCUUAAUGCUGGGGAGGUUGUUGAGGAUGCAGAUGGGAGUGGAAGCGCGGGCCUUGAACCUGGUUGGAGAAAUGGGAUUUUUGAUGUUGUUGGUAGAUGA